CCGCUGCGCGAGACGUCGGCGGACGGUCCGAAGCCGUGCCUCUGCGCCCUCGCGCAGCUCGUCGGCCAUCCCGCAGGCGGGGAGGGGGUGCGGCUGCUGCUCGCGGCCGACGCGAGCAUGCUCUCUGCCGGGCUGUGGACGCCGAAGCAGCUCUGCCAGCUCGGCCAGAUCUCCCCCCUCUUCGGCCUCGGCUGCCCGAUGGUGGUUGGCGCCGCCCUCGCCGCCCGGCGGAGGCACGAGUCGGCGGCCGAGGUGUCGAACAUGGACCGCAUGCUCUCCGUGCGCAACCACACCGAGUACCGCUUCGUCGUCUCGGGCAUCCAGGCGGGGCUCGCGUCGGCGCACGCCGCGGCGCACGGACUGCUUCGCAGGGCUCUCUCGCACUCGCCCGAGGCCAAGGAGGAGGUGCUCGGCUGGGCGUCCCUCAUCCUGCGCGGAUCCGCAGGCCGCGCGGCGCACAUCCGCGCCGCCGCCUCGCGCCUCUCGCCCGAGCGAGCGCGCGUCUACACGGAGACGGUCGCGCGCGCGGCGCCCGACGAGAGCCUCGUCGCGCUCUCCUCUGUCCUGCUGCGCCUCUGCGCGCCCUUCCUCAAGUUCGACGGCGCCCCGCCGCCCGCGACGCUCGCCAAGCUCUCUCUCCGCUUCUACGAGCC